AUGUCUGCCGUUAAUGAUAGUGCCGUCAAGGUCAUUGUAAAAGUACCAGUUAGUCAUCACAAGAAAGCUAAUAAGAAGAAAAAUCCGCAUUUUGAUGAAUUGACCUUUCAAUUCUCUAAGGACACUAAUAUCCAAACUGUUUUGGAUGUUCUUGGAUAUGCACCAACUACUAAAUAUUUCACCAAUUAUGUUUUAAAAUCUGGUUCUACUGUGUUGAAUAAUUCAGAAUCAAUUAGAGAUUUAGUUGCUAACAACUCAAACUUGAACCUGUCCAUUGAAAUCAAGCCUUAUAACACAAGAGAAGCAUUAAAGCAUGUGUUAACUUUACGUGAUUUCAUUGGUUUUGCUUCCGAAACUGAAGAUGGUAUUUCACAAUACUCUAUCUCAACAGGCUCAAAAUUCUCUUCUAUUCCAUUCAACGAAGUUCCAGAGAAGAAAGAAGAUGUUGAAGAAGUCAUUAGAGAAGGUGAACAAGAAAGAAAAAAUGUUAUGUACGUUUCUGAUGAAGAAAAGAAAAACUUCGAAAAGGUUGUUAAUGAAAUUUUUGAAGUCACCAAAAAUUCAACUCUUGCUAAGAGUUAUUCUUCUGAAAAUAGCCUUGUGACGCCAUGUGUGAAUUCUUUGAAUUUAUCAGCUUACAACCCAGUUCCAGCUUUCUAUAAAUCAAAAGGACAUUUGUUGUAUUUACAAAUUGUUACCAUUGAAGGUGAAUCCAUGCAUAUCACCGCCACUCCAUCUGGUUUCUAUGUUAACAAAUCUAAUUCUAGUAAAUUUGACCCAUCAAUUAAAUUAGGCGAUAAUGAAAAUGCCAAGUCUCAUGUUUAUUACAACUUAUUUGACUUAUUAGCUUCCAACUCUAAAUUGUUUAUCAAUCAUGUCGAAUCUCUAGAAAAGAAGUUAGAAAAACACCAAUCUAUCGAAUAUAUUAGACCCUUGACUACUUUCUUAAAUAAACCAUGGUUAAUUCCAAAUAUACCAACUAACUCGCCAGACUUCAGUCGUUUACAAAUGGAUUCUAUCAACUAUGAAUCAGAAAGAAACUUUAAUGAUGAAUUUCAAGCAGUUCAAGAGUUACCAACUUCUACUAUUCAAGAUACAAUUCAAGCAGAAAAAUUAUUAAGUAGAAUAUCUCAUGAAUUCACUGUGGCAGCUACUAAAGGUGCGAUGUCGAUCUUUAACGAUGAUAUGAUCCCAUUGAACCCAGACGAAGUUACUUACCCAAUCUAUCUAAAAGAUAAUAUUUUCUAUUCUUUCAUCAACGAAGAAUCAGGUCCAUUUGGUGACAAAGGUGGCUAUGAUGCUGCCAUUGCGAUUUCUAACCAAGAUUUAAAUAUCUUGAGAUUAUUAAAAAACUUACGUUUGAAGGAUGUCUCUUUUGUUUUAACAACCAUUGUUGAUUUUGGUGGUAAAAGACUUUUAGCUCAAGCUCCUGUCCCAGGUGUGUUAUCAAACAUGGGCACUGAAUUUUCUAAAGAUCCAACCACUAAUGAAGAAAUUGUUAAGGAAAAGAAAAGCGAAGUUGUUGUUAAAUAUGGUUUCGAUGAAGAAUCAGGUAAAGUUAUUGGAAAUGAAACAUUUGAUAAGAUAGUCCGUACUGAAAUUUCAAACAUAUUACAUUUAAAGUCCCAUAAAAUCAAUGAUGCAGAAAUUUCAUUGUCUUCUCAAUCUAAGGGUAUUGUAGGUUCAGAUAAAAGAAACUAUAUUUUGGAUUUGGCUAACACUAAUCCAGUUGAUGUCAAUUUUAUCAAGGAACAUUAUGACAAUGUUGAAGAAUCUAAACGUUAUCCACAUAGACAAGCGCUCUUACGUGCCGAAUUGGUUGAUAACUGGUGGAAUAAUAAGGUUGAAAAAGAGAAGGUUGAUUUAAAAAAGGCAUAUGAAGAAAAUAUGUUCAGUUACAACCCUGAUGCUUAUCAGAUGGAGGGAGUUGAAGAUCCAACUGUGUUAGAAAUGUCUGAAUACUUGAGUAAAGAAGUUAUUCCAAAUGUAGUUAACGAAUAUUGUAAUGGUAACACUAGUAUUCCAUACAAUGGUGAACAUUUGACGGAUACCUUACAUAAGAAUGGUAUUAAUGUUCGUUAUUUAGGUAAAAUCGCUGAAUUAUCUAAAAGUAUCUUAAAAAAGCAAAAGUCUGAACAUGCCAAAAGAUUAGAGGAAAUUGCAAUCAGUAAUGAAGAUUAUGAAAAUUGGGAAGCUGAAUACUUAAAGAAAAUUGAAAAGAUUAUUAUGGAAAGACAAGAAAAGAUUAACAAAUACGUCUCUGAAGGUAAAGAAGUUCCAAAAGAAUUAACUGAAACACCGCAAUUAAAUGAGGAUGAGAUUAGAAAGCCGACUAAUGAAACACCAAGUGUUAUCAACACUGAUGAACUAAUCCCGUUAAUUAAGAUAGCCGAAUUAGAAAUCUUCUCUCGUUCAGCCAAACAUGUUAUCAGAAAAUACAGCAGAGAAUUACCUAUUGUUGUCGUUCCAAUAUUCAUUUCUUAUGUUUUAAACUUACUAUUUGGUAAUGAGUAUAAUGAGAAUACUCAACCAGAAGAUCUAUUCGAUGUAUAUCCAGUUUCUUCUUACAAGUUUAGUACUAUUACUCGUUCAACCUUAUUAAAGGAAAUUUCUGAACAAGCGUUCUUACGUUUCCGUUAUGAAUUAGAUUUGAACUUUAUUGAAAACUUCAACGAUACUCCUUACGUUGUUAUUAGAGCUAUUGCAGUUAAAGUCGGUAUUCAAUUGUUAAACAAAGAAUAUUUCUUUAAUAAAGAUCAAUAUGAAGAAUUUAAAUUAUCUCAGGACAAGAAGAUUAGAAAUAAAUUAGUGGCUCCCCUUAAUACAUUUUCUACAUCUGAUUUCGCUUUAAUUCCAAUUGUCAAAGGGUUAGAUUACUCAUCCGUCUUAAGUAAUGAGAGAUGGUCAGAAGGUUCUUUAUUAUUGAAAGAAGAUCAAAACGCUGCUUUGACUUUGUUAGCACAAUCCAUUGCUAUUGUGGAAGACGUCAACAGUGUCUUACAUCCACAAGUUGCAGAAAAAUACUUGACUUUGUCUACUAUUUAUAGUAAAUUAGGUUUGACUCCAGAAGCUGUUGUCUUCUGUCGUAAAGCCUGUUCUAUCUAUGAAAGAGUAUGUGGUAUUGAUUCUUUUGAAAUGUUAAGAGCUUUAUCCAAUUUAGCUUUAUUAGAAUUUGCCAAUGAAUGCCCAUACAAUGCUGCUCUAGUAUUUAAGAGAAUAAUUGAAACAACUGAAUCAGUUGGUUUAACAGAAGCUAUUCACCAUCCAAUAGCCAUUGAUGCAUUCAGUCAAUUAGAACAAAUGGCUUUGGGUAUUGAGAAUACAAAGCUAACUAUCGAAAUUUGUAAAGUUCUAAGAACUUUGAUGGUUUCUUUAGAAGGUAACGAAACUUUGGCUUAUGCCACUUUAGAGUCACGUUUGAGUAAUUUAUAUGCUUCUAUUAGUGAUUUCCAAAAUGCGCUAGAACAUAUUUCAAAGGCUCCAAGAAUAUUCUCCAAGGAAUUAGGUACUAACCAUCAAAUUACAGCUCAAUCAAGACAAUGGGUUGGUGGUUUAACAAACUUGCUCAAUGAAGUCAGAAAUAAGAAGAAGUUAUCUGCUGAACAAGCUGCUGUAAACGGUACUCCAAAAAAAUCUUCUAAAAGUGGUAAGAAAGAUCAAGGCCAAAACCCUGAGUUAGCUAAUAAAUCAGUUGAUGAGUUAUUAGAUUUCAUUGAAGGUGAAACCUCAACAAAGAAAUCUAAAGGUAAAUCUAAGAAGACAGCUGGUAAAAAGUAA